CUUGUUGGAUUCGACAGUGAAACAGUAUUUAGUUGACUUAAUUGUUUCAGAGAGAUCGCAUGUAUUGCUCCCACUAACUUAACACCCUCUCUGUGUGUGUGCGUGCUUGUGUAUCGGUUCGGUACAAUGGGGGCCGGUAAAUUUGUAAUAUUAUUUUCGCUACUGUGCGCGACGGGUUCAUUGGCCCAAGAAUAUCGUUUAACUAAAAAUAUCAUACCCGAUUUGUAUGACAUACAUAUCAAACCUUAUCUGCGUUCGGAAGACGUUAACAAACAGUUUACAUUUGAUGGUGAAGUCAACAUAACACUGCACACAGUUGUCAAGAAUUUAAAAGAGAUUACACUGCACAAAGAUCUCAUAGAGAUACUUGAGGCACAACUUUACGAUGCAAAUGGCAAGGUGGUGCAAAAAAUAGAUAAUAAAUCUAUGAAUUAUGAUGUCAAGACUAAUAAACUUUUGUUAAAUUUAUCUACGUCGUUGGCGGUGAAUGAAAGUUAUAAUUUGUAUUUUAAGUAUCAGGGUCAGAUACGUAACGGCAAGGAGGGUUUUUACCGAGCCACCUAUGAUAAUGUUAAUUGGUAUGGCAUAACACAAUUACAUAGAAUCGAUGCUCGCACAGUAUUUCCUUGUUUCGAUGAGCCCGAAUUUAAAGCCAAAUUCCGUAUGCACAUAAGUCGGCCCAACAAAUACAGCUCAUACUUCAAUACACGAUUAGAGAGAACUACCAGUGAUGAAACCGAUUGGUCCACAGAUCACUUCGAAGAAACUCCUAUAAUGUCCAGCUAUUUGGUGGCAUUUUUGAUAAGUGAUUUUCAGGCAUAUGGCAAUGAGGAUUUAAAAAUUAUAAUGCAUUCGAAAUAUAAUGGUAAAACCAAUUUUGCCUAUGAGGUGGGUUUGAAAGCUUUAGACGCCUUAGAUAACUAUACACAAAUGCCUUAUAAAUCUAUGGGUAAUACGAUCAUGCAAAAAGUCGGUUCUAAUCAUUUUCCUCAUAGUGGUAUGGAGAAUUGGGGUUUGAUUAUAUAUAAGGAUUCGGCUUUGGCUCAUGAACCCGGCUAUACAGAUGGUUGGUCCAAUAAACAAUAUACCGUUAGUUUGGUAACACAUGAAACUGCUCACAUGUGGUUUGGCAAUAGUGUAACUCAUAAAUGGUGGAGUUAUUUUUGGUUAAAUGAAGCUUUACCGAAUUUUUAUCAAUAUUUCUUGGGUCAAGAGAUAUAUCCUGAAUAUGAAUUGGAUAAACAGUUUCCUAUUAAGGAAAUUCAUACAGUAUUUGAUAUUGAUGCUACUAAUAAUACACAACCUAUGUCUAGUUCCGAGCAAUCUAUAAAUACACCUUUAGAAAUUGGUUCAAAAUUUAGUGAUAUAGCUUAUUCUAAAGGUGCUAUAGUGCGCAUGAUUAGAAAUUUAAUGGGUAAAGAGAAUUUCGAUGCCGCCAUAAGAGAUUAUUUAAAAGAAAACCAUUUGAAAACCACCGUACCUGAAGAUCUUUUUAAACAAUUUAAAAAGCAUUGGCCCUCAGGUCCCUCGGUAGAUUUAGAUGAAUUUUUCAAAGAUUGGACCGAACAAGUGGGCUAUCCUAUGGUUAUUGUUUCAAUUAGUCCCACGGGACGUUUUUCGGUAAAACAACAAAGAUUUCUGCUGGAUCCCUCAGAUGGCAGUGAUGCUUCCCUAAAAUAUACCAUACCUAUUACCUUCAACAAUGAUCAUAUGAAUGAUUUCAACAAUUUUGUACCAAAAUUCUAUUUGACUAAAGAUCAAGACGAAAGAUUAUUUGCUAAUGCUGCUCAUCACAAGUGGAUCGUCGUCAAUACCCAACAAUCGAAUUACUAUAGAGUGUUUUAUGCCCCUGAAUUGUUGCGUGAAAUAUGUAAAGUUUUAAAGGAAUCUCAACACUCGGGUAUACAUGUUAAUAAUCGGGCCAGUAUGGUUGAUGAUCUCUUUACCUAUGGUCGUAUUGGCUUAAAAGGUUACGAUGAAGUGUUAGAAUUUAUGGAAUAUCUAGCCACUGAAACCGAAUAUUCUCCUUGGCAAGCAGCUUUUAAAGGUUUCGAUACAGUACACCAACGUUUGACUUUGGCCCAACAAUAUAAAUUUUCUAGCUAUCUAUUUGAACUACUUGAUAAGGUAUAUCAGAAAUUGGGUUUUGAAAACUCUAAUGAUUCUGUAUUGGAUGUUUACAAUCGCAAUAAAGUUAUCAACUGGCUUUGCAAAUAUCAUCAUAAGGAUUGUAAUGCUCAAGCCCAAAGUAUGUUCCGUAAAUUUGUAACAACUUAUAGAAAACCUAAUCCCGAUUUCCGAGAAACUUUAUAUUGUGCUGCUGUGCGUAAUGAUCAAACAGAUAUUUAUGACAAUUUAAAGGAAAUGUUUUUAAAUCAAAAUCAAGCUAGUGAAAAGGAAAAAAUCUUACGUGCCCUGGGUUGUACACGUUAUUUUGUAGAAGAUCACUAUGAUUUUAUAUUAUCAAAUAAUGUGGCUGAUGACUUAAAAGAAUCAGCUCUAAAGAGUUUGUAUAGCCAGACUGCCGAAAAUAUUAUAACGGUGUUUAAUUUGAUGAUUGAAAAUGUGGAGCAGUUGAAAGAAGCCUUACAAACCUGGUCCAAUACCGCUAAUGUAAUCAGUGAAAUUUCCCAAUAUUUAACCACUCCAGAGCAAUUGGUGUUAUUAAAACAAUUUACCAAAGAAAAAGGCCAUUUAUUCGGUACAUCGGUAACAAUUUUGGAAAAUGCCAUUAAAACGACCGAAAAGAAUUUCUCCUGGGCUAAAACUUAUUUAGCAAAGUUCCUCAGUUAUCUUACUGUACGUAAUGUCAACUAUCGUCUAACUAAAGAUAUUAUACCCGAUUUAUAUGACAUUCAUAUUAAACCUUAUCUAAGAAGUGAAGAUCAAACGAAACAAUUUACUUUCGAUGGACAAGUUAAUAUAACAUUGCAUGCCGUUAAAGAAAGCCUAAACACCAUAACUUUGCACACCAAUUAUAUAGACAUUUCCGAAGCCAUACUUUAUGAUGAUAAAGGCAAGGUUGUGGAAAAUAUUAAUAGUGGUAAAAUGCUUUUGGAAACCGUUACCAAUAAAUUGACUUUAUACUUAAACUCAAAACUGGAGGUGUUGACAAAUUAUACUUUGUAUUUCAAGUAUCAGGGUGAAAUACGUAAUGGUACCGAAGGUUUUUUCGGCAUUACUUAUGACAAUAUCAAUUGGUAUGGCAUAACUCAGUUGCAUAGAAUUGAUGCCCGUUCAGCCUUCCCUUGUUUUGAUGAGCCGGAAUUUAAGGCCAAAUUCCGUAUGCAUAUAAGUCGGCCCAAAGAGUAUAAUUCUGUUUUCAAUACCAGACUAAUCGAGUCCACCAUAGAGGGCAACGAUCGUUAUGUGGAUCAUUUCGAGGAGACUCCAGUUAUGUCUACCUAUUUGGUAGCAUUUGUGAUAAGUGAUUUCGAAUCGUAUGGCAAUGACGAUUUAAAAAUCAUAAUGCAUUCGAAAUUUAAUAAUAAAACCAAUUUUGCCUAUGAGGUGGGUUUAAAGGCUUUACAGGGAUACGAUAACUUUACACAGUUACCCUAUAAGUCUUUAGGCAAUACGAUCAUGCAAAAAGUCGGUUCACCUAGUUUCCCUCACAGUGGCAUGGAAAAUUGGGGUUUAGUUAUAUACAAGGAUUCUGUAUUGGCUCAUGAAUCGGGCUACACCGAUGGCUGGUCCGAUAAACAAUACACGGUUAGUUUGUUGGUUCACGAAACCGCUCACAUGUGGUUCGGUAAUAGUGUAACACAUAAAUGGUGGAGUUAUUUUUGGUUAAAUGAAGCCUUUGCUCGUUAUUAUCAAUAUUUUAUGGGUCAAGAGCUUUACCCUGAAUAUGAAUUUGAUCAACAAUUUGUGGUCAAUCAGCUACAAAUGAUAUUUGAGGUAGAUGCUACCAAUAGUACCCAACCCUUGACCAGUCUUGAGGAAUCUGUUAAUACACCCAUUGAAAUUGGUGACAAAUUUAGUAGUAUUGCUUAUGCCAAGGGAGCCUCCAUAUUGCGCAUGUUUAAAAAUUUAAUGGGUAAAACUAAUUUUGAUAAUGCCAUUAGGGAAUAUCUAAAAGAAAACCACUUGCAAACCACUGUACCCGAAGACUUCUUUAGAGCCUUGAAAAAACACUGGCCUUCGGGACAUAAUGUAAACUUGGAUGAAUUUUUCACAGAUUGGACUGAACAAGAAGGUUAUCCCAUGGUUUUGGUAUCGGCCGUUAAUGGCAGAUAUUCUCUAAAACAGCAAAGAUUUUUACUAGAUCCGCAAGAUGGCAGUGAUGCCUCCAUAAGAUAUACCCUACCAAUUACCUUUACCCAUGAUAAAAUGAGUGAUUUUACAAAUCUAACACCUAAAUUCUAUUUGAGUAAGUCCCAAUCGGAAAAGGUAUUUGGUAAUAUUAAUCCUCAUCGUUGGAUGAUGGUUAAUAUGCAACAAUCCAAUUAUUAUCGGGUAUUCUACGAUGAUCACUUGUUGGAGAAACUACGUAUAGCCUUUAAAGAAAUUAAUUUCUCACGUAUUCAUGUAAACAAUCGUGCCAGCAUGGUGGAUGAUCUUUUGACAUUUGCCCGUGCCGGUCUAAGGGGUUACGAUGAGGUUUUACACUUUUUGGAAUAUUUAGCUGCAGAAACGGAAUAUUUACCCUGGCAGUCCGCUUUUAAGAAUUUUGAUCUUUUAUAUCAACGUUUAACUUUGGCUCAACAUGAUAAAUUUUCCUCCUACUUAUUUGAAAUUCUAGACAAAGUUUAUCUUAAACUGGGCUUUGAGAAAUCAAAUGAUUCGAUUUUAGAUGUCUUUAAUCGCAAUAAAGUUAUCAGCUGGCUUUGCAAAUAUCAUCAUGAGGAUUGUAAUACUCAAGCUCAAAAAAUAUUCCGUUCUCAUUUGUUAGCCAAUACCAAACCAACAACCGAUUUUCGCGAAACUCUAUAUUGUGCCGCUGUACGUAAUGAUAAUACCGAUAUUUAUGGUAAUUUAAAGGAAAUGUUUUUGCAACAAAAAUUAGCUAGUGAAAAGGAAAAAAUCUUGCGUGCCAUGGGUUGUACCCGGUUUUAUGUAAAACAGCAUUUUGAUUUUAUAUUAUCAAUUAAUGUAGCUAACGAAUUAAAGGCCAUAGGUUUAAAGGGCUUAUACAGUCAAACUCCUGAAAAUAUUAUUCCCGUAUUUAACUUGAUUAUUGAAAAUAUCGAACAGUUGUCGGAAAGUAUGCAAGCAUGGUCCACCACUGCUUCGGUAAUUGAAGACAUUUCUCUGUAUUUAACCAAUCCCGAGCAAUUAUCUUUAUUAAAACAAUUUACUCAAGAAAAGGGACAUUUAUUCGGUACAUCGGUUAAUAUUUUGGAGAAUGCUAUUAAAAAUGUUGAAAAGAAUUUCAAUUGGUCGGCUUUACAUUUGGGAAAAUUGCUUAAUUAUCUUACACUACGUAAAGUUGAAUAUCGUCUAACUAAGGAGAUUACGCCCGUGGUAUAUGAUAUCUACAUUAAACCCUACCUCAAGCAAAAAGAUGGUGCUAAACAAUUUACCUUUGAUGGUGAAGUCAAUAUAACUUUACGGGCUAGUGACAAGAAUCUUAGAAAAAUUAUCUUGCACAAAGAUUAUAUUGAUAUUUUGGAGGCGAAGUUGUAUGAUGCUGAAGGAAAAUUGAUUGAAAAUAUUUAUAGUGGAUCUAUGCUCUAUGAAUCUUUAACUGACAAGCUUACCGUGUAUUUAUUAAUGCCUUUGGAGGUGAAUACUUCAUAUACCUUGUACUUUAAAUAUCAGGGUCAGAUACGCAGUGGUUUGGCGGGAGUUUUCCGAGCCACUUAUGAUAAUGUCAAUUGGUAUGGAAUAACCCAGUUACAAAGAAUUGAUGCCAGAACAGCUUUUCCCUGCUUUGAUGAGCCCGAAUUUAAGGCCAAAUUCCGUAUGAAUAUAAAUCGGCCCAAUGAGUAUAAAUCCUACUUCAAUACACGCCUAAUAAAGUCUACAAAUGAUGGAAACAAUAACUCUAUUGAUCAUUUUGAAGAAACUCCUCUCAUGUCAACAUACUUAGUAGCAUUCAUCAUCAGUGAUUUUGAAACUCAAGGAGAAGAGGAUUUCAAACUUAUUAUGCAUUCAAAAUUCCAUAAUAAAACCAAUUUCGCCUAUGAGGUAGCUAAGAAGAUCUUAAAGGCUUAUGAUAACUACACACAACUACCUUAUAAAUCUUUGGGUAAUUCGAUUAUGCAGAAAGCGGGAUCACCACGUUUCCCUCAUAAUGGUAUGGAGAAUUGGGGUUUAGUUAUUUACAAGGACUCAGUACUGGCUCAUGAACCUGGUUAUACAGAUGGUUGGUCUGACAAAGAAUACACUUUAACUAUAUUGGCUCAUGAGACCUCCCACAUGUGGUUCGGUAAUAGUGUAACAUUUAAAUGGUGGAGUUAUUUCUGGUUAAAUGAAGCUUUUGCCCGUUAUUAUCAAUAUUUCUUGGCACAUGAGUUAUAUCCCGAAUAUGAAUUAGACAAACAAUUCACUGUAAAACAAGUUCAACUUAUAUUUGCUACCGAUGCUACAAAUAGUACACAACCUUUAAGCAGUCUUGAGGAAACGAUAAAUACUCCUAAAGAAAUUGGUUAUAAAUUCAGUGGUAUUACUUAUGCCAAGGGAGCCGCUAUAGUGCGCAUGUUUGCCAAUAUAAUGGGUAAAGAGAAAUUCGAUCAAGCUGUUAGAGAGUACUUAAAAGAGAACCACCUGAAGAACGUGGUACCCGAGGAUUUAUUCAAAUAUUUGAAAAAACAUUGGCCCAAGGAACACAAAGUAGAUUUGGAUGCAUUAUUUAAAGAUUGGACCGAACAAGUGGGUUAUCCAGUGGUGACAGUAUCAGCCAGUCCUAGUGGUAGAUUUACUCUGAGACAAAAACGAUUUUUACUAGAUCCCCAUGAUGGUAGUGAUGCCUCCCUGAGAUAUACCAUACCCAUAACCUUUAACAAUGAUAUGAAGAAUAAUUACACAGAAUUCACACCAAAAUUCUAUUUCAAUAAAACCCUAGAGGAAGUGGCUUUCGGUAAUACGGCUCAUCAUGAUUGGGUUAUAGUGAAUACACAACAAUCCAAUUAUUAUCGUGUAUUCUACGAAGCCGAUCUUCAAAAGAAUUUACGUAAAGCAUUCGAACAAGUUAAUCAUUCGGGCAUACAUGUUAGCAAUCGUGCUAGUGUUGUGGAUGAUCUUUUUGCUUUUGCUCAAAUUGGUAUGAAAGGCUAUGAUAAACUAUUGGACUUUAUGGAAUAUUUGUCUACCGAAACAGAGUACACACCUUGGUAUGCCGCUUUUAAGGGAUUCGAUUACCUAUAUCAACGUAUGACUUUGGCUCAACAUGAUAAAUUUGCUGCUUAUCUUGGGGAAGUAAUGGACAAAGUCUAUCAGAAAUUGGGCUUUGAAAAUUCUCAAGAUACUGUUUUAGAUGUCUAUAAUCGCAAUAAUGUUAUCAGCUGGCUUUGUAAAUAUCAUCAUAAAGAUUGUAAUGCUCAAGCUCAGCAAAUAUUCCGUUUACAUUUGUCGGCCAACACCAAGCCAUCUCCCGAUUUCCGGGAAACUUUAUAUUGUUCAGCCUGUCGCAAUGAUCAAACAGAUAUUUAUGCAAAUCUGAAGAAAAUGUUUGUUAAAGAGGAAUUAAUUAGUGAAAAAGAAAAGAUUUUACGUGCCAUGGGUUGUACACGUUAUUAUGUGGCAGAGCAGUAUACGUUCUUAUUGUCCAGUAAUGUUUCUGUGGAAUUGAAAACUAUGGGUUUGAAAAAUUUAUACUCUCAAACUCCAGAAAAUAUUAUGCCGGUGUUUAAGCUGAUAAUCGAAAAUGUUGAGCAACUGCAAGAAGCUUUGCAAAGCUGGUCCACCACCGCUGAGGUUAUACGGGAAAUUUCCAACUAUUUAACCACCCAAGAGCAAUUGUUACUUUUAAAACAAUUUACCCAAGACAAAACCGCUGAAUUUGGAACAUCCAUUAACAUUUUGCAAGAUGCCAUUGCAAACACCGAAAGCAAUUUAAAAUGGUCGGCUACACAUUUGGGAAAUAUGAUACGUUAUCUGAAUAAUCGUAAACCUCAAUAUCGUUUAACUAAGGAAGUACUUCCCGAUGUAUAUGAUAUUUAUAUCAAACCCUAUCUUCAAAAUGAAGAUGCUGCUAAACAAUUUACUUUUGAUGCUGAAGUUAAUAUCACCCUUCAUGCUGUUGAAGGCAAUAUUAGAAAGAUUACUUUACACAAAGAUUAUAUUGACAUUCUGGAAGCAGUACUUUAUGAUUCUAAAGGAAAUAUUGUGGAAAAUAUACAGGAAGAAGCUUUACUAUAUGAACCCCUUACAGAUAAGCUAACGGUUUAUUUGUCUAAGGAUUUGGAGAAGAAUAAAAAGUAUACUUUAUACUUAAAGUAUCAGGGACAGAUACGUAAUGGUUUAGCUGGAGUUUUUCGUGCCACUUAUGAUAAUGUCAAUUGGUAUGGUAUAACCCAAUUACAAAGAAAUUAUCAUGCAUUCGAAAUUCAAUGGUAAAACCAAUUUUGCUUUUGAUGUUGGACACAAAACAUUAGAGGCCUAUGAUAGUUAUACCCAACUGCCUUAUAAAUCUUUGGGCAAUUCUUUAAUGCAAAUGGCUGGUUCCACACGUUUUCCUCACAAUGGCAUGGAGAAUUGGGGUCUAGUUAUAUACCAUGAUUCUGUUUUGGCUCAAGAACCCGGUUAUACAGAUGGUUGGUCCGAUAAACAAUAUGCUUUAACUAUUUUGGCUCAUGAAACUUCUCACAUGUGGUUUGGCAAUAGUGUUACCUUUAAAUGGUGGAACUAUUUCUGGUUGAAUGAAGCUUUUG